UGACUUCUUCACUUUGUAGACGAAUGGGGGAUUUUAUAAAAAGCUCUCCCUGUUUGAAGAUAUAAAAGCGGCGUCAACUGAAAACUGGCAGUAUUCUGGUGUACACGACUUUAACAAACAUCAACAACAUGAAGACGGCCGUAGUUAUCCUCUCAGUGUUCGCAGUCGCUUUGGCGCGUCCACAACAGCCGAGAUCUCCUGACGCGGACGCCCAAAUUUUAAAGUACAACAACGAAAACAACGGACCCGAAGGAUACAAUUUCGACUUCGAGACGAGUAACCAAAUUACACGACAGGAGGAGGGCAAAUUGGACAACCCGCAAGCGGAGGAAUCCAACAUGAGGGUUGUCGGAAGCUUCAGUUACCCGCUUCCCGAUGGUAAAACCCUCAAGUUGACGUUCACCGCCGACGAAAACGGUUACAGACCACAGUUUACCAUCUCAUAAACAUUUCUCGCAUAACGCUCACAACUAAAGUUGUUAUAUUAUUUUAUAUUAAAAGAUAAAUAUGUAAAAAAAUAUGUAAAUAUAUGCUUUUAUUCCUGUUUCAAUAAUAAAGACGAGUCUGUUUCAAACAA